GCAAGAGCCCAAGCAACAUACCAAGGCAUAGUAUAGACAUUUUCAAGUGCUCAUACACCCAAGUGCUUAAUAGAAUCACUCGGUGAUUAGCAUAGGUGCUUUGCGAAGUGCUUAGGUUAGUUAGAUCGUAUUAGCGCUUGCUCUAGAUGAAUCCUAGUUAGUUGAGUGAGUUUAGAAAAACCACACAACCCCUCGGCUCUUGCGUGAGCCGUUGUAAUUGUACCGAGUGGGGCGAGAGUCUUACGAGACCGUGAACCGAGUUUGUGUCACGACCGCCACCGUGUACCGGAGAGAACGAGGCCCAUGACGUUUUCGGUCGGAAGCUCGAUAGUGAAGACGACGGGGAGUGUCUGAGAGGAGCCGGAAGCAAAGCACCACUUGCGUGUGGAGAAUACCCGCAGCUCUCUAUGAAGUUACUCGAUCGUAGUGUUUGGCUCUCGUGUGGGCUACCCUUUGCGUAGGUGCACCAACGAGGAUUAGUUGGAACCUUGCGUGGUUCCGGAUACCUCGGUAAAAAUACCGGCGUCAUACACGAGUGUUUGCAUCUCUACCUUGCUCUUUAGCUUCCGCAUUUAUAUUAAGCAUCUAAGUUUCAAUCUUAACUUUCUAAGUUAGUUUUUUAGAAUUGAAACUUAGCCAUUGCGGUAGAGAUACCAACACUUAGACAAAAACUAGUUUGCACAUUAUAGAUUAUUUAUUUGCAUAGAUUUUGCUCUAGGGGUUUAAUUGUGUCCUAGUUUAGAGAAAGUUUUAGAAGUCCUAAUUCACCCCUACCUUAGGCAUCACUGUUUUCUUCAGCAGAACAUAUUAAACUUUUUUUUAAAAGGAGUCGAGAUUGUAGACAAAAGGAGAGGGUUUUUUUAGAAACACAAAGGUGGUUUUCCUCGGCAGACAAAGCAGAAAGGCCUGGCAAAAGUGGCCCGUGGAUCCCAAGAGUCGCCACGCAAGGCCCAGCCAAAAACCUGACCCCACAAGCGAGACAUGACGAAGGCCGUGAUGCGAGAGCGACAAAAAAACGGCCUCGGCGGCGCCGGCGUCUUCGGAUUCUCCGCCCGACGCGCGCCUUAUUUCCUUCCCUCUCAGUCUCCGCGCCGUCCUGCCACCCUGCGUUUCAUCACGCUCGCAGGUUUCUAACACCAAGGCACCUGCCAAUAAAUUUUGCCUACUGGCACUCCAUAUAUUAGAAGCAAUAUGAAUCCGUAUUUCUUGGGAUUCAUUCUCCCUUUUGUGGCAUCUCUGCUGCUUACCAAGAGAAAGUCCGAGAAGAAGAGGGGGGUGCCAGUCAAUGUGGGUGGAGAGCCUGGCUGCGCCAUCCGUAACCACAGAUUUGAAAGACCUGUCAAGACGCGCUGGGAGGGGAUUUCCACGCUUGCUGAGCUAUUUGAGCAAUCGUGCAAGCAGUUUGCCUCUACACCCCUGUUUGGCACCAGGAAGCUCAUUGCAAGAGAAAUGGUAGUGGCUGCUGAUGGAAGAUCCUUUGAGAAGCUCCAUUUGGGAAACUAUGAGUGGAGAAGCUAUGCUGAUGCAUUCAAAACUGUCUGCAAUUUCGCUUCUGGUCUACUGCGGAUUGGACACCUCAAGGAUGAGCGUGUUGCUAUUUUUGCUGACACACGGGCUGAGUGGCAGAUUGCGUUGCAGGCAUGCUUCAGACAAAAUAUUGCAGUUGUCACAAUCUAUGCCUCUUUGGGGGAGGGAGCGCUAUGUCACUCACUAAAUGAGACCGAGGUAACUACUGUUGUAUGUGGACGAAAAGAAUUUAAAAAGCUGAUUGAUAUAAGUGGGCAACUUGACACUGUGAAACAUGUCAUCUACAUUGAUGAGGAAGGCAUCUCAGUUGAAGUGUCCUUGGCUGAAAACUGUACUAGCUGGACAGUCAAGUCAUUUGAAGAGGUAGAGAGUAUAGGCUUGCAAAGACCUGUUGAAGCAAACUUGCCUCUCCCAUCAGAUACUGCAGUGAUUAUGUAUACGAGUGGAAGCACAGGAAUGCCUAAGGGAGUCAUGAUGAGCCACCAAAAUGUCUUGGCUGUAGUUUCAGCUGUUAUGACGAUUGUGCCUGGUCUUGGCAAGAAGGAUGUGUACCUGGCAUAUCUUCCCCUAGCACAUAUCCUUGAAUUGGCAGCUGAGGCAAUCAUAACUGGUGUUGGGGCUUCAAUAGGUUACGGGUCACCUUUGACCCUGACUGAUACAUCAAAUAAAAUAAAAAAGGGGACGCAAGGUGAUGCUUCUGUACUGAAGCCAACGCUAAUGACUGCUGUACCUGCUAUACUUGAUCGUGUUCGUGAUGGUGUACGAAAAAAUGUAGAUGCAAAAGGUGGGUUAGCGAAGAGAUUAUUUGAUAUUGCCUAUAGCCGUCGUCUAGCUGCUGUCAAUGGAAGCUGGUUGGGUGCGUGGGGACUAGAGAAGCUUUUGUGGGAUAUGCUCGUCUUCCGAAAGGUUCGUGCAAUCUUGGGAGGACGGAUUCGCUUUAUUCUUGCAGGUGGAGCACCUCUGUCAGGGGAAACACAGAGAUUUAUCAAUAUAUGUCUUGGGGCUCCAAUAUCUCAAGGAUAUGGCUUGACUGAAACCUGUGCUGGUGGGACAUUUUCAGAGUAUGAUGAAACAUCUGUUGGUCGCGUUGGUCCCCCUUUGCCUUGUUCAUACAUUAAGUUGAUAGACUGGGCCGAAGGUGGAUACUUAACAACCGAUUCACCAAUGCCUCGGGGUGAAAUAGUUAUUGGAGGUCCAAAUGUAACUAAAGGCUACUUCAAAAAUGAAGCAAAAACAAAUGAGGUGUACAAGGUUGAUGAAAGAGGCAUGCGAUGGUUCUACUCUGGCGACAUUGGGCGCUUGCACCCAGAUGGAUGUCUUGAAAUUAUCGACCGCAAGAAGGAUAUAGUCAAGCUUCAACACGGUGAAUAUGUUUCUCUAGGAAAGGUGGAGGCUACUUUGAGUGUGUGCUCAUACGUUGACCAGAUCAUGAUCCAUGCUGACCCCUUCCACAGCUACUGUGUGGCACUUGUUGUAACUGCACAGAGUGAGCUGAAAUCCUGGGCCUCAAAACAAGGAAUGACAUAUAGUGAUUUCUCAGAUUUGUGCCACAAGCAAGGGACAGUCAAAGAAGUCCUCCAAUCUUUGGUGAAGGCUGGUAAGCAAGCACGGUUGGAGAAGUUUGAGAUCCCUGCCAAAAUCAAGCUGAUACCGGAGCCGUGGACGCCGGAGUCAGGCCUCGUCACGGCUGCCCUCAAGCUCAAGAGGGAGGUGAUCAAGAAGGCAUACGAGAUGGACCUUGCCCAGUUGUACAGUCAGUGACCUGCCGCUACAGUUUCUCAACGAUAGGGGUGAUCCUGGUAGCUACCGGCAACAACAGUUUUUUUUAUUUGUACCUCGUACUAUGUUCCUGUCUUUCUUUUAAGACAAUAGUUGACUGGUAAAUCAGUUGCCGAUAAUGUGUAGCCUUCCAUUGCCCGCCCAAAGAGAACUAUAAUUAGCCCUUAUUUAUUUGGCUAUUAUCAUAUUCACCUCAAUUCAAAUA